AUGUCAUCAAUUGGAAUAAGCAUACCUUUGGCAACAUAUUCCAAAAAAAAAAAGAGAUUGUUGGCUAGGAUUGCUAGCAUCCAAAAAUCUUCUAACUACCAAUUUAUUCAGUUCCUCAUAAACUUGGAGAACUCUCUAAUCGAGGAAUUAUACUUAAUCCUUGAAAAUGAAGAGGAUUUCUGGAAAAUGAAAGCUAGGAUAAGCUGGCUCUCUGAUGGGGAUGCCAACACUGGAUUCUUCCAUACCUCUACUCUAAAUAGAAGAAGGAGAAAUAGAAUCCUCUCCCUCAAAGAUGAGCAUGGGAACUGGAAGCAUGAACCUCAUGAAAUCAAAGACUCCAUUGUCAGUUUUUUCAAGGAUCUCUAUACUUCUUCACACACUCAAUACCCUAUCUUCACUACCACUCCUGGCCCUCAGAACCCAUCACUAUCCACUAUGCAAAAAGCCAAUAUGGCUCUUCCCCUUAAAGAUAGUGAAAUCAAAAGAGCCAUUUUCUCAUUCAAGCCCUUCAAAGCCCUAGGACCUGAUGAACUACAUCCAUUCUUUUACCAGAAGCACCGGGACAUUGUGGGAAAUAAUGUCAUCCAAUUCUGCAAACAAUGCUUCUCAUCUGAAACAAUGCAUCCCAAUAUGAAUGAGACCCUCAUUUGA